GAUGAGGGCUCUCUGAUCUCUGCUGAAGAGUUGGAUUUCUCCUCUGCUCCAAUGAGCAGCACUCCCCUACGGCACCAAGUGGGUCGGAGAGAGAUCCGAAUGGAUAGAGCGGCUGUUCCCUCAUCGUCAAAGAGGGUGGAUGGAGAGCUUGGGGCACGGGUGUUUGGAAUCUCGAAGGCUCGAUCCUUCCUGUCCAGGGUUUUCCGGGCUGCGAUUCCCCUCCAGCUUCUCAUCCUCCUGCUGUUACUCCUGGCCUGCCUCGUUCCUUUCACCCAGGAGGACUAUAACUGUGCCUUGGCAAACAACUUUGCCCGCUCCCUGUAUCCAAUGCUGCGAUACACCAUG